GUCAGAUUUCGGUGAUUUGUGUGUGCCACCUGAUAGGGCGUGUCGAGAGGUGUACCUGGUGUGGUUGUGACGGGCCGGCGGGCCUGGGUCGCUGUACAAGAGGGGGUGAAGUUAUCGGCAGACGCAGGUGUGGUGCUGCAGAGGGAGGAAGGAGGGAGGGAGGGGUCGAUAGCUCGAGAUGGAUGAACGAGGGCAUCAUCCCGGUCGAUAUGGCUGUCUCAGCGAGGGCUCAUUCGUCGUGAUUAAGGCGCAAUGACCAUCAGUAAGUUUUGGUAGGACAAUCAGAUCUCGAGAUCUUGAACUGCACGUUGUUCAGAGAACUGCACAAGGUGAGAACUGCACAAGGUGAGAACUGCACGUUGUUCAGGACACUAUCCCGGUCGUGCUGGUGUCUGAUUCACCUUCCAUGGCGGCAGCUUGUCCCCAGGCCCCAAUCGCUGUAAAUCUCGACGGGGACUUGAUGAGCUCGACGGGGACUUGAUGAGUUUUUUUUUUCAACGAUGAAACAUCCCCCCCCGCAUCCCGCGGCUGUGGCACGCCCAGAUCACCCAGCCACGCGUCUGUCGGUUGAAAUCGGCACGGGAAUCGCGAAUAAGUGCGUGGUCCAUGCAGGUGUGCUGGAGGUCAUCCAGAGCUGCCGUGGUGCCAUGGCCGUUUGUGAGUGAUGCACCCCUUCCCAUUCGGGAGGCCGCCGCUUGGCCGCCACGAUGCGGCCAGAGGACCACCCGCACCCUCCAGAGGCCCGUUGACGCUGAACCUGUCGUGGACGAAUCAGAACGUGACGCCUCCGCAUCAGUAAGACGACUCCAGACGCGAUGGGGCAGAAAACAAUCUGACGUUCACUCGUGCGUUUUUCUCUGGUGUGUUGUGUUGUGUUGCAGUUCGAGGCUUCUACCGUAUGUACCUGGCGCGGCAGCGUAUCAUGCUCAGCGCCCCCCCGCCCCCCUCUCGCUCUGUCUGCGUGUGUGCAGAGACGUUGUAUGAGUUGAAGGGCCCUCUGUCUGAGCCCACACUGAUGCGCAUCGGCGAGGGCAUCAUUCGAGCCGUCGAAUACCUGGGACAGCAGGGGCUGGUCCACGGCGAUAUACACGUGCGUCUCGUGAGCUAGUUCAUACAAUACACUGUUCACUACUCCUACCCGUCAUUGCGUAUGUGUGUGUGGGUGUGUGGGUGUCUAGGUGUGGGUGCAGUCCAAGAAUAUCGGGAUUCGUGUUCGUCAUUCGCCACCCAGCAGGAGCAGCGACAGCAGCAGUGCAGCCGCUGUUGACGGCGCCAGCGGCGAGGGCGACGGCAAUGAGUGCGGGGCCGUCUUGUUGGAUCUGGAUCGCCUGCACGACGGGAUUCCUGGCGAGUACACACUGAGCAUCGAUCCCCACGACCCCCACACGUACCAGCAGCGGCCGCGCCCGGGCAUUCUCACACACGGCCGUGACCUGCGCGAUGCCGUCCACUGGAUUCUCCAGAGCUUCAAGCAGCUGGGAGCUACGCAGCGCCUCUUGGAGAUUUUCGAGGACGCCAUUAGCUACGCUGAAACACAGCCUGAUGCCUGUGCCUGCCAUGUACGCCCACAGCGCAGCACAGCACACAACACACACCAGACACUCUGACAGACCACAGGACAGGCAGACGGUGUGGAUGUGGGAUGUGUCUCAUUACUGAUCGAACAGAUCAUUUUGCGACUGCGCGACUUGCGCCAGGUGGCCGACGACGAGGAACGCAGGACACCCCCUCUCUCGCCGCCAUCUCUGCGGCUUCCCUGGCACCAGUCGCCGCAGCUCGACGUCGGCCGUGGCACCACCGACCACCGAAAGGCCCCAGCAGCAGCACCAGCAGGUGGACCAUUUCCAGGACAUCUUGGUGGCCCCCCCAACCAGCUCGCCCACAGCGGCGGCAUCAUCCCGCCCUGCCAUUUCCCGCCGCACACUCGUGGCCAGGCUGCUGGUGUGCCGCUGUGUCGUCACGCCGCGCCACUGCACGGACGGCUGGCCACGUCCUUGUGUCGCCAAAGCUGUGUUGGCGCUUCCCCCCUCGCCCCGCCCCCACUCACUGGCGCCAUCCCUCGCUGCUGCGUCAGGCCAUGGCGAGCCCUUGCCCCACAGCCACCUCACCCCCACUCCCCCACACCAACAGGUGCUUACUACCACCAGCACCAGCUGUGCCAGUGAUGCCCCACCCCGCUGGUUGCGCGGCCGGUGAGCAGCCCCGCCCCCUCCCGCAAGCGCCCCUCGCUCCGCUUUGGGCUCCCCUCCGUGGCCCCCCUCUUGCUGCUGCCGGUGCUGGUGGUGCCGCUGGUAGUGGUGCUGAUGUUGUCGUAGGAUACAAAGUGAGAAGACAGCACAUCAACACACAAGACUGGGGUGAUGUGCCAAAUGCAUGUCUGUUUCUCGUUUGUUAUGUUGGAUAUAAAGACGGUUGCCGCAGAAGCAGGGCGAGCCACCAAGAAUAUCGCUGCCUACAUCUUAUAUCCGUCGAGAUGUUUCCUGACCUUCACUCUCGCGACCGUGUCUCUUCUCUACAUGCGCCAUGCCGUGCUGCGGGAAUGCCGUGACGGUUGCAGGGACCACAUGGCCAUGAGACUCCAUCCAUCCAUGCAUCCAUCCAUCCUGGUCCAUCAAUCCAUCUACUACCGCAGCCACACCAGCCGCAUACAUCGAUGGAUCGGUGUGGUGUCCCAUACGCACACAGAGACACAGACGCCAUUUGAUCAUGAUCAUACAGCAGUCGAUCUGUCUAUCUGUCUGUCCUACGGACACGUACGUGUUGCAUACGCAUGUGGUCGACAGGCGAACAAAGGAGGGGAAGAGGGGAUGUCUGGAAGAGGGGGGGGAAGGCCAUACACUCACUGUCUGUGUAGUAAGUGAGUGUAUCAUAUGUGUGUUGAAAAUGGUCACUUGCGUGACGUGACGUGCACUGACGAACGAAAAUGUACAUGGAGUGGCGGGCGGCCCAAUAGAGGGGUGUGGUGUAUGUGUCCGUGGAGGCACUUAUCUUACGUAUUAGUAUGGCUACAAAUCGUG